AUUAUUCUGUUUUUUCUUCAGAAAUAUAUCAAUUUUUAAUAUGACGUCGGAUAGCGACGGUACAAAGAAGAAAGCCGAUAGAAGAGGAAAACCACGACGUAAUGAGAAGGGUGAUAUGUUGAAAAUGUAUGAAAAGAACAGAAGAGAUAGAUUUAAUAUAAAGAUUGAACUGCUCGCAUCCCUUCUACCUAAUUACAACAAGGAGAACCCGUGGCCUAAACAGGAGAUAAUCUCGAAUAGUAUUGAGUUUAUUUCCUCGAAGAAGGGAGAGAGCUUGAGAAGUCUGGAGCUGCUGAGGAGCAUGAAGAUCGAGAUUGAGAAGUUGAAAGACGUUAUCCUUGCAUACACCGAGUUCAAAUAUCAGAAAUAUGAUAUUCAUAAACUUAGUUCGGUUGAAAUUAAAUCCAUUCUGAAACAACUCUCAGAAAAUAACAACCGUAUGUGUGACCAGCCUCCGAUUCAAACUCUAGUUCAACCUCCCAUUCAAACUCUAGUUCAACCUCAGAUUCAAACUCUAGUUCAACCUCAGAUUCAAACUUUAGUUCCGAUUCAGUCUCAAAUUCCAGUCUCAAGUCAGCCUAUGAAUAAGUCACGUUCGGAGGCAUCUCAGUCCAAUCGGGAGACUGAUGUAAAUUCAGAACAAUUCGGAAGUCUAGGAGGCUCUGGAGGUCUUGGAGGCCCUGAUUGUUCUUCAAAGAUCCCUAUGAUUAUCAACGCAACGCAAUCUUCAUUGCCUACUAGUCAACAUUUUGGACAAAAUCCUCCAAUUCUACAAAAUACUCUAAUUGCUCCAAAUCCGCCAACUGUGCAAAAUUCCUCGACAGUACAACAGAUUUUGGUUUACAGUCAACCCAGCCUUCAAACUUCACUUGUCAACCAAUCAAUAAAUCAAUCGUUGAAGCCAAUUCUUCUCCAGGCAGUUAGUUCUGUUGGGAUAAACAAGUCGAUAUUGCUUGAGAGAGGUCUGUCUCAGCCUAGACCUAUUCAAAUACAGCAAAUUCAAGGAACUAGUGUGAUAGCACCUAAACUUAUUCAACCUAGGUGAGUUGUUUGUUAGUUAAUAC